ACCAGGUGACUCUUACGAUACUGUGAUACCGCUACCCAGUUGAGCAAGGCUCUUUGAGAGCAGUUACUCAUUACCGGACGACGGAUCUCUUGCCAUCUGUAACAUUUUGGUAUAAUAUCUGACUUUAAACUAAGGAUAACUUCAGUUUGAGUUGGAGGAUACGGGAGUAUCAUACAUGGAACUCAAAGUGUCAUUCUACCAUCUCAGCUGAAUUGAACAACUAUCGCCCUGAUCUCAUCUACCAUGGGCACCUUAGAGAGACUUUGCUAUCUUGCUGUGCUGACGAUGUUUGCGUUGGGCGUGGCCCAGUCCAGCAGUUCGUUUUGUGCACAGUUUUUCAAAGACACAAUAACGAAAGAGCCGAUCCUGAUAAUGGUGAAGGAUAAUAAGCCAGUGGGAACCAUACUAAAAAGAUAUCAUGUGCCGCCAAAAACUCCGAGAGGGACAAAGUUCGGUGUGACACUUAUAGACGAGGGGGAGAAGUACUUCAAAUAUGAUAACAAUACUCACGAGUUAAGCAUAAAACAGAUGCUGCAUAAAUUUGUGGGGAAACGAUUCUUUUUAAAAGCCAGAUGCCUGGACUUCUGGGAGUUUAUCCACUUUCAUUUCCCGGUCCCGGUGGAAGUGUGGUUUGAGGUGACGGAUGGAAAUGACCCUCCAGCCUUCACCAAUCUGCCCAAUAGACUUAUUCUGCCCGAGGAUGUGCCUAAAGGUCGCGUUGUGUACCAAGUGGAGGCAAGCAACAUAUUCGACAUCACCCCAGAGUUCAUGGAGUAUGAUGUAGGAGUUGUGAGUGUUCUGGUAGACGGCAAAGAGGACCGGAGUGCGUUGCUACUGAAUGGGAACCGAGUCAUACUGAACAGACAGUUCGACUUUGAAGCUGGCUUCAGGGAGAUCGUUAUGACCAUUGUAGUAAAGGAUACGAACUUCCCCGAUUCCACCGAAUCAACACUAACGUUCACUCUGAAGGAUGUUGAUGAUAUGGGACCAGCUUUUGCAGCAAAGAACUACUACAUUCAAACCUGCGGUGAAAAACCCAUUGUGACUCGCGAUUGCCUGGAAUCUGAGCCUGCGAAAAUGGCCGACGACCUGGACAUCGAAGCGAAAUCUCCACUUGAGUACAAGGUGAUCAAAGGAUCACCAGCCAACUGGACUGAUUUCUUUGAGCUUGAUCCCAAGACAGGGAUGGUGUGUCAGAUUCAGCAGAUCAACCGCACAAUACUGAAACCUGGAAAGUCGUUUCCCGGCUUCCAUAACUUCAUUUUCAGCAUUCAGGCCUAUCAAACGGACAACACAUCAAAACAUGAUGCGGCCCAGCUCCUGGUUCAUGUCAAGGACAGUAACAUGUACGCCCCUGAGUUCGACCCUCCAGUCACCGACGCCGCAGUACUAGAAUGGCCAAGAGUCCAGGCUGGCGAUUUCGUGGCUAUGGUCACAGCUUUUGAUAAGGAUUACGGUAGAAACUCCCACUUCAAGUACGAGUUUGACUGGAAUCCUGAGAAUGCGUUUGACCUUGAUAAUGUCACCGGCGAAGUGACAGUUGCCAAGCCUAGAAAGCUUGACAGGGAGAAGAGGGCAGUCUGGGAAAUAAGGGUAAAUGCUAUUGAGACGCAUUCACUUCACAAGAGGAGGAGUGAACCGCCAGGAAUUGUUCGCCUGAAACUGUCCGAUAUCAAUGACAACCCACCAAAGUUCACCAAGGAGAGGUAUGAGUUCUCCAUCAUGGACAACCACGAAGCGGGCACGGCUAUUCACCAGACGCCACAUGGAGUUGUUGCCAAUGACGCAGACGACGGCCUGAACGCUCUGAUACGCUACAAGAUCUACGAAACAUGGCGGACCCCAGGCCCACUGACAUCUCAGACGGACACAGACCUGUUUCAGAUCAAUCAACUUGGAGUGAUCACAACCAGCAAGUCUCUGAGGUUCCUAAGGAGACAGCAGAUCUUCCCUACUUAUAAGCUAGUCAUUGUCGCGUAUGACCAGCCAGCAAUAAUCACAAUGCAAAAGACAGCAACGACUGAAGCCUACGUCCACGUGAACCUGGCGAAUGAACAUGCGCCAACUUUGAACACUGAUGAGCUGUUUGCAGAAGUCAGUGAAGGUGUCCCCAUGAAAACAAUCAUAUCAAGGAUUAAGGCCACCGAUGAGGAUGGUGAUGAGGAUAUAUUCCUAAUUUUCAAGUUGUCUGGUGGCGGACGAGGCCGCUUCCGUAUGGAGGAAACGGGCGAACUUCGGACGGCUGGACUUCUGGACAGAGAAAAGGAGUCUGAAUAUAAACUUGAUAUCAGUGUCAGUGAUGGCCAGUUCACAACUGAAGCAGUUUUCACUGUCCGAGUGACUGACAUUAAUGACAACGCGCCCUUAUUCAGCAAGCGCAGCUAUCGGUUUUUCGUCUCUGAAAACAUCACCUCCCUCAUUCACAUCGGACGGAGGAGCGGCAACGCACAUAACGGUGUCGGGGGCAUGUGUCACUUUGAGGGCGAUCCCAAAAUGGCCGCCAUGGCUAAGAACGCGGCUAUAGGUCAAGUCAAGGCCACUGAUCGUGACCAAGGCGAGAAUGGGAAGAUCACUUACAGGCUUAUGGCAGGGAUCGGAUCGGAACUCUUCUGUAUCAAUACGGACGGCUCCAUCUACGUGGUGAUGAAUGACAAUGAUAUCAUGGAUAAGGAGAAGAAUGACCGAAUCAGUCUGAUUGUGGAGGCAACAGAUGGGGGCUCCCCACCACUCAAGGAUAUAGGCUCUGUCACCAUUAUCCUGACGGAUGUCAAUGACAACCCGCCAGUGUUCAACUUCCCCGAGUACACUGGGUUCGUGACGGAGGAUGAUCAAGAUCCUCUUGAAGAUCAGCAAGUAUUCCUGGAAAGGGCAAUGACUGUGACGGACGCAGACAAGUCCAGUAAGAAUAACAACCAUCGCUUCUCCAUCCACGGGCCUGGUAGUGAGCUAUUCUCCAUCAACCCAAAAACGGGAGCCAUGAGUGUCAAGACGCCGGGAACAAUAGACUGUGAAACGUCCACUCUGUAUGAGUUUUCAGUUGUGGCUACAGAUCGUAAGGGGACAGGCCUCAGUGGCAAUGCCACAAUCCUCAUCUACGUGGAUGACGUGAACGAGUAUGCCCCAAGGUUCCCCAGUAGGUAUAGCUUUACAUUGGCUGCCAACACACCAGUCGGCCACGUGUUCGGGAAGCUGGUAGCUGAAGACUACGACAUCACGCAGCAAAAUAAACAUGUAACAUAUCUGCUGACUGGAGGAGGAGGAAAUAAGUUUGCCAUCGAUUAUGAAACAGGACAACUGAGGGUUGAUGGAGAUUUGAAUGAAGCCCCCGCUAAACAGAUGUACAACUUGACCAUCCAAGCAGUAGACACUGGCAAACCCAGGAAAUCCACCACAGAGUCUGUCAUGGUCCAUGUCAAGCUCAACAACCCACCCGUGUUCUGGAACGGCCAUGUUUAUUCUGUGAGGGAGUCGGACUUGCCUGGUACAGUGAUAGGGAUGCCCCGAUGCCAUGACCCCGACAGUCCUACAGAAGCUAAUCUCCUAGUCAGGUUCCAUGUUGAAGAUAACCCUGAUCUACCUUUUACUGUCGACACUGACCGAGGUUCUAUCAUCCUGAUGCGGCAGGUGGACCGCGAAGAACAUGAUGAAUACAAGUUCAUGAUGUACGCUGUUGAUAACGGCGCCCCUCCAGCGACAGGAUCGGUCACGGUCACCAUCAAUAUCAUUGAUGCGAACGAUAACCCGCCGAUGUUUCAAAAAUCGCAAUAUUUUGGUACUGUCGUGGAGGAUGAUAGCAAGCCUCUGAAUGGUCAGGAGGUCAAAAUGAAUGCACCAAUCAAAGCAACUGACAAAGAUGUGACGGUGAUCAACCGUGACAUCCGCUUCUCCCUGAUGGGGGAGGGACAUGAUGUGUUUGAGAUCGACCCCAUCAUAGGCACCAUAUCGGUGAAACAACCGGGCCUACUGGAUGCGGAGACACAAGCAGUUUACAAGCUACAGGUGAUAGCCACUGAUCGUGGUGGUGACCUUGAAGGGUUAGCCUCGGCAGCCAUGUUGACUAUCAACGUGGAUGAUAUAAAUGAUCACGCACCUCAAUUCCAGAGGCGAUCGUACAGUUUCAUGGUGCUAGGAAAUUCAACAAUAGGGACUCCAAUCGGUAAAGUGCAGGCAACAGAUGCCGAUUUAUCGCAGACAAACCGUGAAGUGUUGUACAUCCUCGACGAGGGAGGUUAUGGUCGCUUUGCAGUUGGUCUUGACACAGGCGUGCUGACUGUGGCGAACUGGCUUGAUUCUCAGCCAGCCCUCCUCCAGUACAAGUUGAUCAUACAGGCUGUCGACAAGGGCUACCCUCCCAUGAACUCGCAUGUCGAGGUCAACAUCGCCUUGCCAGACAAUCUUCCUCCAAUCUUAGACACCUCCUUGACCUUUCACAUCAUGGAGAACAUGCCUGUCAACACAAAAGUGGGCACGAUCAAGGCAUUCGAUCCCGAGGAACCCUCAAAUACUACUAUGACUUUCUUUUUGGAAGACGAGGCAGGCUCGUUCGUCAUGCAGCCAAGCACGGGGACCCUCUAUGCCAGGGACUCGUUUGACCGAGAGAAGGUCGAGAGCUUCAAUGUGCCAAUCUUUGUCGUGGACGCUGGCGCACCUGCAGAGACGUCCCAGGCAGUUGUGACUGUCAUCGUGGAUGAUAUGAAUGAUAAUGGUCCCAAGUUCACGAGGGCGAGGUUUGAUGGCGGCGUCAAGGAGGAUGAUACGAUACCAAUCAGUAAACACGACCAUAAAGUGCAAAUGCACAUUCCCAUUGAAGCCACUGACGCGGACGCCACUGAGGAGCACCGGUUUCUUCAGUACUCUGUCGAGGGAGAUGAUGCGAGGUCUUUCAGGAUUGAUUCACUGACUGGACAGCUUGAGGUGGCCAGGCCUCGCAUUAUCGACUGUGAGAAGAAACAACAGUAUAAGUUCAAAAUUGUUGUGACUGACAGCGGAGGUCUGUCGGCCUCCACCAUGGUCCACAUCACAGUCCAGGAUGUCAAUGAUAAUGCGCCAGUAUUCCUCAAGGAUCUCUACAAGAUUAGAUUGACUGAUGACAUCGUCGGUCAGGUGAUCGGAAAGGUGUCGGCUACAGACCAGGAUCGCACUGAGGUCAACAAUAGAGUUAUCUAUGACCUUGAGCAGGGUGGUGGUGGCAGAUUCAGCAUCAAUUCACAAACUGGUGAGAUACAAACAGUUCGAAGUCUGGUAGACGAGCCAGUGUUGCUGAAGUACACCUUGUCCAUCCGAGCCAUAGACACUGGACUUCCCCAGCAGACGGGCAGGACUACAGUCAUCGUGACCAUCCCAGUUAACAACCCACCCGUAACCAAACCGAAUUUUGAGUUCUAUGUGGUGGAGAACGUGCCAUCGGCCACAGUAGUGGGCAAGGUCGAGGCUGAGGAUAGAGACACUGAUGGAGGAUUUAAUGCGACCAGGCUACACUUCUCAAUCAAAAACGAUGGUUUGGUUCCCUUCAAAAUUGAUCGAGCAACCGGCAUCAUCACUACUCUUGGAGAGGUAGACAGCGAAAAGGCUGAGAGUUAUACGUUGAUCGUUCAGGUCGGUGACCAAGGCAUCCCGCCCAAGACCGCAAUGUCGAAGGUCAAGAUCAUCAUCGAGGAUGUCAAUGACAACGCCCCUGCUUUUACCAAGGAGUUGUACACUGGUACUGUCACGGAGGAUGAUAAGGUCCCGAUUGAGAACCAGGUGAUUGCUAUGGACGACCCUAUUGAUGUAAACGACGAAGAUGCCACAGAAGCCAACAAGAACAUUGUGUACAAGCUGUACGGCGAAAAGAGUGACUUGUUUGUGAUCGACCAGAAGACAGGUGUUUUGAGGGUGAAGAAGGCUGGCACCAUUGACUGCGAGGAGAACCCAACAUUCUCUUUGGUCCUCAGCGCAACCGAUGCUGGUGGAGAAGGCCUCACAACGAAAGCAGAAGUCCACAUCAAGGUCAUCGACGUAAACGACAACCCUCCAAGUUUCGUGGUCACCAACAGAGUAUAUGAAGUAGACAGCGAGAGCCCGGCUUCGAAACCUUUCGCUCUGAUGGCAGCUGUGGAUAACGAUGCAAGCCCCAUGAACAACAGGGUCAUCUAUUUAUUGGAGGGUGGCUAUGGAAAGUUCUCACUGGACCAGAUCAAUGGAAAUCUGAUGGCGAAUGACUACCUAUUCCGAGAACCGUUAAUGUCUGAGUACCGUCUUAAGGUGCGAGCCCUGGAUACGGGGAACCCAGGCCUGAGCAGCGAGACUGAGAUCACAGUCAAAGUUCCCAAGAAUGUCAAGCCAAAGCUAAUUGGGAAGAGGACAUUUCCAGUUCGGGAAGGCUUGUCUUCAGGGACUAGAGUUGGAAAGAUAGAGGCCACCGAUACUCUCAAGCAAGGCGAGAUACCCAAGUUCUUAUUUGUGCUAGACUUGGAAAGCACAGAUACCUUCAGAAUAGAUCCAGAUACCGGCAGUAUCACCACUAAAGUUGAGUUGGACCGCGAAACGAAAGCUUCACACGAUCUGAUUGUGACAGUCUCGGACUACGGCUCUCCAAAGAUGUCCACAUCUGCGCUUUAUACUGUUGUUGUGGAAGAUGUCAAUGAUAACGCUCCGGUGUUUGACAGGAAGGUCUACAAAGGAAAGAUACAGGAAACGCGAGCUGAAGAGAAGGGUAUCAAGGAAGUCGUUUUGAAGAACGAACUUAAGUUGGAAGACCUUGAUGAAGUGAAAGGCCUUGUGACAGUCUCUUUGGUCGGCUAUGGCAGUGAAUUCUUUGAAAUUGACCAGUCGUCAUUGACAGUUUGGAAGAAAAAGGGCGUCCUACUCGACUGUGAAAGCAUGAAGAUGUUUAAUUUAACCAUCUUGGCGACAGACAAAGCCGGUGGUUUAGACCUACAAUCUCGAGCAAUACUCCUAAUAGAUGUCACAGACAUCAACGACAACGUACCAGUGUUUCAGAACGAAAGAUACGAGCUGUUGUUGGACACUGAUUCCAGUAUCGGAGCAAGCAUAACUAAGAUAGAAGCCUCGGAUGCUGACAUUACUGAGGAGAACAAUGCUCUCAUGUAUUUCAUUAAGGCGGGUGGAGAUGGGAGGUUCACUAUUGACGCAUCGACAGGCGAACUGGUUGUGAGCGGUCCUUUGGACCAGGAGCCAAUGAAAACAAAAUAUACUCUUUCUGUGGAAGCCAUGGACAGAGGGAGGCCGCCAUUAGGUGCAGAGACUACUGUUGUCAUCAACAUCCCUGAUAACCACCCACCGGACAUCAAAGGCCCAAUCAUGUUCUCUCUCAUGGAAGCUCAGCCAAUAGGAACGCUGGUAGGGAUCGUGAAGGCUGUUGAUAUUGAUGACCCAGCGGGGAAGGAGAAGUUGAACUACACGAUUCUAGAUGAAUCAGUUCCCUUCACCAUCGACAUCCACGGAGGAGAACUGAAGACUCGGCAGAUACAAGAUUACGAGAGAGUCAAGUUUUACUCGUUUGACAUCUCGGUAAAAGACAAUGCCAUCCCGGUCAGGACCGCCACUGCCAAAAUUAACAUAACGGUCCUUGACGUUAAUGACGUUGCACCCAAGUUCAACCAAUCCUGGUACGAGGCCAGUUUGACGGAAGACGACUUUCAACCAAUCGAUGGCCAGCGAGUUGUAAUCAGAGGUCAGCCAAUCGCUGCCUGGGACGAAGACGGUUCAGAGAAGAACAGACAGGUCCUCUUCUACCUAAAGGGAGACGGUGAUGAGCUGCUCACGAUGGAUAAAGAAACGGCUGUCAUUACAGUCAAGGAACCAGGGACAAUUGAUGCCGACAGGCGGCAGCAUAUGAACCUGACGGUCAUCGCAACAGAUAGAAACGGCACAGGUCUAUCAAGUUGGGUUCCUCUUCACAUAACCAUAGAAGACCUCAACGACAAUGCACCUAAAUUCGAGCUCAGUUAUUAUGAAUUCGACCUCUCGUCGUCCCUCGACGUCGGUUCUGUGAUCACAACUCUGAAAGCCGUGGAUAAGGAUGGAACAGCCAAGGCAAAUCGUGUCAUGUAUUUUCUCGAGCAAAAUGGUUACGGGAAGUUUCAUGUCGAUUUCUUCACAGGUGUGUUGACUAUCAAGGACAGCCUGAGUCGAGAACCAGUCAUCUCUAACUACACGUUGGUUGUCAAAGCAAUAGACAGUGGUAUCCCUCCAAAGGAAGCGACAGUCAUGGUCUACAUCAAUGUGCCGGAUAACUAUGCACCAGUGAUUGAUGAAGCGGGGCCUUUCCUUCUGAAGGAGAAUGAACCAGCUGGAACCGUAGUUGGGACGAUAAAGGCACAUGAUCCGAACACAACUGUCCCAGUUUUAUACAGUAUGCGAGACCGCAGAGUUCCUUUCAAAAUCGACGAAGCAACUGGCAUCAUCACAACAAUAGCACCAGUUGACCGAGAAAGGAACGACAUGUAUGAUAUAGAAGUUCUUGUCACCGACCGUGGCUCCCCAAGGAUGACGUCAUCAGCCAUCGUGAUUAUCAAUAUCGAUGACGUGGACGAUAAUCCGCCAUUGUUUCACCAGCUGGUUUAUGAAGGUCACGUUAGGGAAUAUACAGUCAACGGAGAUGCACUGACUGAUAUACUUAAUCAGGCGGUCAUAAUGACUCAAUCGGUCUCUGCCUACGACAAGGACGCCACUGAGGAAAACCGACAGUUCCAAUAUUCCAUGGAGGGUGAAGAUGUCCAGUGCUUUCAAAUCAAUGCCACGACGGGUGAAAUCUCAGUAAGGCAUAGGGAGAGACUAGAUGCAGACUAUCGGGAGCAUUACAACUUCAUAGUAGUAGCAACGGGAAUUCAAAACGACAAAAUGCAGUCUAAGAUUCCUUUACGAAUCGCAGUGGAGGACGUGAAUGACAAUUCACCAGUCUUUCCAAAGUCUUUCUAUGAAGUCAAUAUGAAGGCAUCCUCUGCCGUAGGAAGCGUCAUCCUGACGGUUGAAGCAACAGAUAUGGAUAUCUCCGUGUACAACAGCAGGAUCUAUUACUUCUUGACAGGAGGUUAUGGCAAGUUCCAGAUAGACAAACAUACUGGUGAAAUCACGGUUGCUGACGACCUUUCGAGGGACCCAGCUUUACCAACGUAUACCCUCAACGUAACUGCCGUUGAUGGAGGAGAGCCGGCAAGGUCGUCUUCAACACAGGUCAAUGUAACUCUUCCAUGGAAUAAUGCCCCCAAGUUCACCAAGGCUAAAUAUGACUUUAAAGUGCUUGAGAGUGUUCUCAUCAACACCAGACUUGGUAGAGUUGUGGCCAUUGAUAAGGAUCAACAACAGGACAAGACGGCCAAGUUGGUGUAUUUCAUGCAGAAUAGCCUAGUUCCAUUUACCGUUCAUUGGAACACUGGCACCGUAUCAACAACACGAAUCAUAGACAGAGAAAAAGUGGACAAAUUUGAAUUUGAAGUAUUUGUGAAGGAUAACGGGUCGCCGUCCAAGACUGCAUCUUCGAUGGUUGUAGUCUCGGUCACUGAUGUUAAUGACUUCUCGCCAGUGUUUUCACACAAGGUGUAUGAAGGUCGAGUACUUGAGAAUGAUAAGAACAAGGACGCGGAGAGGACUGUUAUUAUGGAAAAUAUGAUUAUGGCAAAGGACGAUGACAAAGGUGCUUUAAACGGCAACAUCAGUUAUGUCUUAUCAGGUCCAGGGAGUGAGAUGUUCAGGAUAGUUCGAACAGGCAGUGCGGUGUCAUUGGAGGCAAAGGAUGGUAUUGACUACGAGGAGAACACCGAGUAUAGAUUUCAGAUUGAAGCCAAAGACCAAGGAGAAAAGGUGCUCAACUCUUAUGCGGAUGUCAAGAUUUCUGUCAUGGACGCGAACGACCAGCCGCCGAUCUUUCAACAGGAUACGUACAGCUUUGAUAUCAAGGGAGAGACACCAGCCGGUGAUAGUAUAGGUUCGGUUGUCGCCACGGACCGAGACACAAUGGAGAGUAACACUCGAACCAUAUACAUCCUGCGGCGAGGAGGAUUCGGAAAAUUCUCAGUGGAUUUGUCAAAUGGAACCAUCUUCGUGAUCGACGAGCUUGGCCGUCCGCCGAUCAUAGGAACCUACCAACUCGAGAUUGAUGCCAUCGACAGCACGAGACCCUCCUUCUAUGACACAGCGAAAGUCACCAUCAAGGUUCCCAAGAAUAUACCACCAAGAAUCACUGGUCCAAGUGAGCUCCAUGUGGCCGAGAACCUUGCUAUAGGGACCACCAUUGGCCGAAUCUCGGCGACUGACCCUGAUCAGCUAGCCAGUGAUAGGAGCCCACUUAUAUUCAGCAUUCUUGAGAGAGGAGCUCCUGUUGACAUCAAUUCAAAGACGGGGAUCUUGAAAAUCAAAAAACAGAUGGAUCGAGAGGAAACAGAAGAUGUGAAGUUUACGGUAGAGGUCAAGGAUAAAGGGUCACCAGAAGAGAAAGUGACUUCUGAGGUCCGCCUCGUGAUAGAUGAUGUCAAUGACAACGCACCCGAGUUCAGUGAAGGGAGCUACUAUGGCUCAGUGCUGGAGGAUGAUAAGAAACCGCACAGGCGGCAGGCGGUCUUGAUGAACUCUGCGAUCAAAAGCACUGAUAACGAUGCGACCGCUGCCAACCGUAAGGUCAUCUACAGCCUAAUUGGCAAAGAUAGCAAGUUCUUUUUCAUUGAUCCAACCACGGGCAGGCUAAUGGUCAGUGCGAGAGGCGAGGGGAAGAUUGACAGAGAGAAGAAGGAGAAGUUCAAGUUCCAGGUAGCUGCAACAGACCAGAGUGGACAAGGCCAGCGAGCCCUAGCAAGUGUGAUCAUCCACGUAGAAGACCUCAACGACAAUAAGCCAAAGUUCAUCAACCCAGGUCACAUCUUCACUGCUGAAAGAUAUGUUAAAGCUGGAGAUGUCAUUGGCAAGGUCGAAGCAACAGACCUUGAUGCAACCUCUCCUAAUAAAGACCUUAUCUACCUUGUGCAGAAUGACGCUUUUGGGAAGUUCAGGGUUGACAUCAAGACAGGUGAAGUGAUUGUAUUGGAAGGCCUCUACUACCGACCAAGGCAGGAGAUGUACACUCUGAAGAUCAUUGCCGUCGACAAGGGUGCACCAUCCUUGGAAACAGAAGCAACAUACCUCGUCCGAGUCUUGAAGAAAGACUUCAAAGAGUUUAAACCUGAGUUUACGGGUAAAACCAUAUUUCUAAUGGAUGAGGAGAAACGCAUUGGAAGCCGUGUUGGGCAAUUGACCAUCAAGGACAGGGAUGGGUCUCGAUUUAGAUUUAGAAUCGUCAGAUCCUCGAAAGAACAUGUACCGUUCCGCGUGGAUUCAUCAGGAACCAUCUUCACGACUGGACGCCUUGAUGCUGACGCAGAACGCUACCAUAAAUUCCAGGUCAGGGCCACGGACGCCGACGGCACAAACACCACCACAUACGUCAGUGUAUUCGUAAGAGAUCUCAACGAUAAUCCUCCCAAGUUUUCACAGAGAGAGUACCGACACAUGGUGUAUGCAGGCUUCCCUGAAGGGACGGUGGUCGCUACGCCCUUUGCUUACGAUGACGUGGAUGAUGACCGGUCUGAGUACGAAUACUCCCUCCGCGGAGGUUAUCCCGGGUAUUUUGAAAUCAAUAAACGUACAGGAGAGGUAACAACUGCCAGCAGGUUAAAAAUGGUGACGAAGCGGACAGUUUUGGAUUACACCAUUGCAGCCUUUGAUUCCACUGAUAGACGUUUAGGGGCACGUGCCAAGCUAGUUGCCAAGGUGAUUCCUUGGCGUCUACCCCCAUCGGAGUUACCGCCAGUUGCUCCAGACGGUACAGAUUCUAGUCUAGGAAAUGGCACGAUUUCUGAGUGUCCAUGUUGCAAAGUUUUCUGUUGAACAGACGAAUCGACCAUGGACAGCUACGAUAGCAAUAUAACAUUACAAAAUAUAAAAGUGGUCGUUCACAUUUAGGGUUUUAAAAGUAUGAAUUAAAUAUUUCAAAUAUUUAUUAAGGAUAUGAGAUCACAUUGUAUGUGUGAACUGUAUAAUAUUGGCAAUGACUUUACGACACGGUAUUUGCAUUCUUGCAGUGACUUGGCUGACGAUAUUUUUGCCUGUCUUUCACUGUAGUCACUGCUAAGAACUAGCUCUUGAUGAUCGACUAUAUGUUGUACAUCGAGGACACCAGGUUGAUCUUCUUCACUGCGCUCUGUAAAUUGUCAAUUUUGUCAAUUUCCGAGUAGCAUGAUGUAGGUUGACCGAUUCCCAAACACAAACGUCGAUUUUGUCGAAAUCAACGUCAGAUCUGGCGAUGCUGUUGUAAUGCUUUGUGAAGGUUCUUGAGCACAGCGUCUCAUCGGAACCACAUCAUAUCAGCGUCAUGCAGCAAAAUUGAUUGAGAGCGUGAAAGUGUCUCAUCAGAUGACAAUUAUGAAUCUUGUCACAUGCCGGCACUUUCCCAAUAUGGCGGGGUCGGGGGGGGGGGGGGUGCAGCACUACCUGUGAGUCCAUACCAAAAUGGGCCAGCCAUUACCCGUGUUUAGAGACCUGAUCACCUUUAGAAUUAAUGAGACAUUGAUGCCAGUCUGGUUAUGACUGCACCAUAGGGAUGAGACAAACUUGGUCCCGAGUGUUUCUUUGCCGGCCCUGGUUGUUCCAGACAUGUGGCAUCAUCUCCUUCAGUAAUGGCAUAUCAAGUUAACCAAUAAUAAGGAACUAGUUUGUUAAGAACAAUCAGGCCCAAAAAGUUUGUGUCCAAUAUUAAUUGUCGUCAGUUAUGAAUUAUCAUGAAAUAUGCUAACAACAGACAACAUUGUGAAUUAAUCGUACUGCAGGCCACCAUCACGAAUUAAUUGCAGCGCAAUGAUUGUUUCUCAUGAACAUAUAGCCUUACUUUGUGGCUAUUAAUACCAUUUCUUUUUCUUCAGUGCCAUAUGUAUUUAUUACUUGAUAUAUAAUAAUGCAAUCUUGUGAAAUUUGUCGGUUCUUAUUCGUGAUGAUAUGCAAUAGAAAAUCCAGAUGUUACGCUGAAAGAGAUCAUCUUUGAUCUUAUUAAACCAGACUAACGAGA